AUGUUCGUUCGUUUGAUCAACUAUACCACAAAGCUUGUGAGGAAGGGUUUCUGCCAUAUUGAAAACAACAUCAAGCUCUUGCCACAAUUUGUCAGCCUCGGAAGCUGGAAGAUCGCCCAUUCGCUGAAUUAUUUCGGAACCGAAAACACGGUACCGGUCGUCGGAGCCGACAGUAGAACCGAUGUUUCAUCCACAGCUAGCCCCAUAUCAGAAGUGACCACGCGAUCCAAUGGAAGCGGGAAGAGACAGGUUUGA